AAUAUUCUCCCCGAAACAUAUUUUAGAUUAAAUAUAAACGUUAAACAUUUUAAAACUAGUUGGCUUACUGUGUUACCGAAGCAUAAUGACAUGAAACAAUCUGAAACUUGUGGGAGUUGAAUGAAUUUUCCACUACAGCUCCAUCACCAGUAACAAACCCACGAAAUGGCGGCGGAGACGGAUCGCUUGAAGUUACUAUCAGCUUGCACAGCUGCCGAGAACUUCACCAAGUUUUACUAUGAAUAUGUAGAUAAGAUGAGGCAUAAGUUGGCCAAAUUAUACUUAGAAGAUGGCAAAUUAGUGUGGAAUGGUAAUCCAGUAGAUGGCAGUAUGAAUAUCCAAAAGUUUUACGAGGACCUGCCAACAAGUAUUCACAUCAUCACAUGCCUAGACUCACAGCCUGUUCGAGAAGAAGCAGUUGGUCAACAGUCAACUAUACAGGUGACAACAGCAGGCUUUGUCACAUUCAAGGAUCGCAAGUACCCGUUCCAUCAGUCAUUUCUGAUUACAGCAAAAGAAGACAAGUGGAAGGUCGUCUCAGAUGUGUUCAGAUUUCAGGCAGUUGCAUCGUAACGAUAAACAGACUCGGCACUGGAUUUAUGCCUGUGGGGGCCCUGUGCAGUUCAGACAUGUGGGUGCCCUGAGCUUCACAAUAGCUACUUAAUUUAGUAACACACCCACAAGCUGUUGUGUUAUAAAAGUAAAACUCCCCAAAAUAACAUUGAUUAUCCUUGGUCUAGAAUAUGAGAAAUUUAUUUUUACCUUAAACUUGUGAGUAAGUAAUGGCAUAUCCUAGCUUAUAUACCCUCCUCCCUCCCCCAGGUUGCCAGCUAGAGUAUAUGUAUACUGUACUGUACUACUAAGAAACUAAUUACAGUAACAUAAUAAAAAUAUACUUAAAGGAGCUAGCUUUUUAUAAUUUCAUUUGUAUUUAAAUGUGGGGGGGGGGGGGCUGUCUGGCUGCAUAGUCUGCACACACCUAAAUCUACCACUGAUCAGACUAUAUUUUAGAGUUACGGUACCUGAUUGAUAUCCUUUUGCAUCAGUGGAAUGUAAUUUAGUAAUUCGUGCAAUAAAAUUAUUUGAAAUACU